UCAGCAAUUCGGUGCGAAAAUCCUGGGAAUCUUACACUAAGAAAUGGUAGUGUUAUUAUAUCUGACCCUAAGUACAACAUUGGAGCUACACUGGUGUUUGAAUGCAAUGAAGGUUUUGUACUCAAAGGGAGGAGUACGAUAACCUGCCGGAAAUUCGGUUGGGAUAUUCGAAGACUACCUCACUGCAAAGGUAGGUUGGGUACGACACAGGAACUUACUAAAGGCACCCACUCAUGUUGUAACACUGAGUAACCCGCAGCCUAUUAAAAUAUUAUAUGUCAGAUUUCCCAUGUGUAAUUAUGAUAAUAUUUUGUUCUAUUUAUCUAACUGAGGGAGCCCAUUCCUUAUAAGCCCAGUGGCUUCUCUUGGGCUUCCUCGCCAUGAGAGUUUAAGUAAUUAGAUUUCAUUUGAUUUGUAUAAUUUUUUGGCAAACAAAACAAUAAACAAUAAAGCUGUUACUAGAGGCAUGCGCCAACAAUAUGCUGAAAUUAAAAUUACUCGAAAUCUGUUUAGUCUAAUUGUUGAAUAUUUGACAAACCACAACAAAGCGUAUACAAAUUACUGGCGAGAGAAAUCGAUAAAAACCGAUAUGGGAGAACCAAUCGAUGAAGCGAUGACUUUCUAUGAUGACUUCCUGAUUGAUACCUUGAAAAUCUAUUUAUCGACCGCACCAAGUAUCCGUCCUAGAGAGAUCCCCGUUUUAUAGAGGGUCAAGUAAAGGGAGAAAAAAAUAAAAAGGCCGGGACCAACCCUAAGUGUCCGUUUUAAAAGGUGUCCGUUGAGAGUGAGUCGACUGUAAUUUGUAAAAUACUCAUCGCUACAAAUAUACCCAUCUGAAGCCAUAAAAAUAAUGAAGAAAUGUUUUGCUCUUGCCAAGGUUUAAAACCGCUGAAAGAAACGGAAAUGUUAACACUGACAAAAAGUCGAUGAAAAUCGAUAAUCGAUUAGUAACAACUUUUCCCUUUAAUCAAUCUAUUAUAUCCUAAUAAAGAUUUCGAGAGUUGUCGAUUAUCGACUCUAACGAUUGCACUUAAGUCUCAUCAGCGACGUAUCAAUUUAGUUCAUAUAAAGCAAAUUGAGCAAAGUCUGCUAAUCACAUAUAAUUACCCAUACCGGCUUUGACAGCCUUGAUCAUGAGGUACUUAAGGACUAGGCCAAACGUCAAACUUUUCAGGAGACGGACUAAAAUCUAAUUUGGCUCGACCUAAAUGAAGUUAAGAUCGUCUGCUGGAUCAGACAUCGAACUUAGGGAGCGUCGAACCAAUUGUCAUGACUGAAUCAGACCAAAAAGCAAUUUGAAUAAAUUCCCUGAACGAGGCUAAAUGUACAUUAUCAUACCAAAGUUCAAUUUACAUGUAUUAAUUUAGUUCGUCGUAUAUAAAGAUCGACGUUUGUCCCAGAGACGACCCUCAGACGUUCUAUCCGUCUGAAGAACGUGUUGGAAGAUCCAAAAUUUUUCAGUCGAGCUUAAGGUGUUUCGAUACAGUUUUUCAGAGGCCAUACCGAUAUUUUUCAAUCGCCUUAAAGUGUUUUUUUUUCCUUGUCCGAUCGCUAUAAAGUUUUCACCAGUAAUUGGCUAUGGACUGAAAUUUGUGAAAAUGUAGUUUUAAGUAAAAUCGAUAUUACUAUGACAAUAAUAAACAAAAAACUUUGAAAUUGAUGAAAGUCGAGUUUUGUUUGAUCUAGACCAGCUACUGAAAAUCCAACACUAGGAACUUAAAGCUUGGGGUGUAGCAAACAAUCUGCGUAAGAAGUAAAAAAUUCUGUAUGUUUUAAUUCGACUAAAACGAAAAUAUAUUUCAAACGUUCAAUUUUCAAUAGCCGUGAUAGAUUAUUUAAUAAAAACGUUAUAAAUGACUCAAAUUAUUCUUAAGUAGCGGCAGAAUGCUGCUUAAUAUCAUAUUUUGAUGCUAAGAAAUUUUGGUGUAUUUUCGUUCUUGCGAUCUUGAAAACUAACCCGUUUUCUCACCACCUGUACAAGUGCAACUUCACUCAAAAUUUGGACUUUUAGCACUUUUUUGUAUAUCUCUGAAACGACAUGGAUAUGUGUGUUGUCCGCAUUAAUUUGGAAAAAUUAACGUAACGUCAAAACAGUGAAUCUUGUAACGCAGAUUUUUGACAGGUUCGUAGGAUAGGUUUGUCUUGAAAUUUCAUCGUGUUACAGUGAAUCAAUCUUAAUGAAAGUUUCAGGCAUUAUUAUAUACAUUAUGAAGAUUAUGUGUGUUUCAGAGAUAUACAAAAAAGCGCUAAAAGUCCAAAUUUUGAGAGAAGUUGCACUUGUACAGGUGGUGAGAAAACGGGUUAGUUUUCAAGAUCGGGAGAACGAAAAUACACCAAAAUUUCCUAGCACCGAAAUAUGAUAUUAAGCAGCAUUCUGCCGCUGCUUGAGAACAAUUUGAGUCAUUUAUAACGUCGACUUUAUUAAAUAAACUAUCACGGCUAUCGAAAAUUUGAGGUUUGAUAUAUAUUUUCGUUUUAGUCGAGUUCAAGCAUACAGAUUUUUUUAUUUCUUACGGAGGUUAUUAGCUGAACACCAAACUUUAAAUUCCUGGUGUUAGAUUUUCAGUAGCUGGUCUAGAUCGCGCAGAAAUAGGCGUUUAUUAAUUUCAAAGUUUUUUGUUUAUUGUUGUCAUAGUAAUAUCGAUUUUAACAAAACCUAAAUUUUGACAAAUUUCAAUCUAUAGUCAGUCACUGUUGAAAAUUUUAUAGCGAUCAGACAAGGAUAAAAUCACUUUUAAGCGAUUGAAAGAUAUCGGUAUGGCCUCUGGAAAACUAUAUCGAAAGACCUUAACUGAGUUAGACGCGUCGAACUUUUCCUGAACUUUGCUCAUUAAGCCGGUUCGUCUUAUGAAAAGUUCGGCGUUUGGCCUAGGCCUAAAGUAAUCGGUGAUGAGUAAAUAUUCCAUUAAACUUUGACAUACUACUAGUUUGUCAUUAAAAAUUGGGGGGAGGGGAGGAAGAUUUCUUGUUUUGACUGCUCCACUGAAAUUUUGUUCAGUCCCCAACUAUAACGUGAGGAGAUUUACUUUUAUUAUCGAGUUUUUGGAAGACGGACCGUUUUAACACUUUCUUAAAACACUCGUGUCUAAAGUACAAUUAAAUGAUUCGGUUUGAAUGCUUUUAUAUAUUAUGUGCAUGAAUUAUCUAUCUAUCUAUCUAUCUAUCUGUCUAUCUAUCUUACUUACAAUAUUUUAUUUUAUUUUUCAGAGAAACUCUGUCCUAAUCCAGGGAGACCCAAACGCGGUUAUCGGUUGAUGUCUGGAAGCUUCAGGAUUGGAAGCAAAGUGUGGUUUUCUUGUCAGUCCGGAUAUAUUUUACAUGGUUCAAGGGAAAGAACAUGUAGGGAAAAUUAUGAAUGGAGUGGAUCGCUGACCACCUGUCAGGAUCCAGAUAGACGUAAGCUAACAUAAACGGGAUUUCCAACUCAUUCAUCUUUUUCAGUCUUUUUUUAAUUUUCUAACUAUUUUUUCCAGAGUUCUUUGGAUCACUACCUACAACUCAAAACUAUAAAUUUUUAAUUUUCACGCCCGCCUCCAGAGCCAGGGAAAAGCGCCCUGAGGACGAGAUUGGUUGAUUUUAUAGCAGCCAGCAGUGGGCAAGUGUAAGCCUGCAAAGACUAUCUUAAGCUUUGCUUCUAUUGUUGCAUUGCUUUUCAGGCACAGGCUGCCCAGUCCUUGGCACUCCUAUUGGUGGGCGCAUAUACGGUCAACGUAGAAAAUACAGCUAUGGUGACAUAGUGAAGUUUGAAUGUAACGAUUGUUUCGUACUUGAAGGCUCAGCAGCAAGAAAAUGCACCUUCAACGGGAAAUGGAGUGGGAAGGAGGCAAUUUGUAAAGGUAGAAAUUGCACAUAAUACAUCAACCUACUUCUCACGCCACUAAAAAAGCUGUUCGCUUUUCUGACGAGUCUUUUCAGAGUAAACGGACAUUUUUUCGCUAUUAAAAUUGUAGGAUUUGGGAAGGUCGCCGUCAUCGCAAACUUUUCAACUUACCAUACAAUCACGUCCCAUUCUCUUGACCCAAAUUUACCUAACCACUGUUGUAUCACUUGAGCGGAGUGGAAGCAGUAUUCUAAAAGAAAAUACAUACCGAUCACCUUGAUUUGAUACAAUUCCUCGCCAAGCUCAUUCUCGCAGUUGAUGCUGUGGAUAAAUGAAGUGCACAAAAUGCACCCCUGUCUUUCAAGGGGUUUGAUUUCAGUAGUGUUUCUCCUGGUCUGGAAAAAAACAAAUCAAAGGAAGGAAAAAAAAAAAAGUCUAAAUAAAGGAAAAUAAUAACCAAACAGUUUAAUUUGUAAAUAACAAUGAUAAUAAUAAAAGUAAAAUAGCCACCGUUUCUAAUGUCUCACAGACCAUAGGUUGUAGAUUAUGCCGAGGAAAUAUUUAACCCUGCUCCAAAAUGCUAAAUAGCUGAAAAGGACACGAUAGUGUCAGUGGAAAUUUUUAAAGGCAAAAAAAUGCACGCACUAUGCUUGCUACUUCAUAUGGGUUCCCGACGACUCGAGGACAGGGCAAGAGCCUUAUAGCGCGUUUAAAAGUCCCCAUAUUACCUGAAUAAAACUGUAAUUCUAUUUGUUUAAAUGCUCCAAUAAUCAGGAAAGCAAAACUCAAACUGCAAUGAAAAACGUCUGAUUUAUAUAUAUUUUUUCAGAUGAAUUAGAAAACCGCUUUAAGGAUAUUAACUCCAUUUUUCUUCGUAAAAAUGUGAUUGACACUCUAAUGGAAUACACUUGUAACCACGACAACCAGAGUGGAUGCAACAAAUCAAAGCCGAGAGAGGGCAUGGACACAAGAGGAAGAAUGAUUAACUUGAACGACAAUAGUGGCCUGGAUCUUGUGUUUGUUAUUGAUGCCUCGUCUAGCGUAACAAGAGAAGGAUUCCAAAGGGGUUUGAACUUUUCAAAAGAGCUAGUUAGAACUAUCGGGACAAGUAAAAGGUACAAAUAAUUCUGUACAUUUGUUUUUCGUUAAAAUUAAAUUUUUGAAAAAGAAAAAUGCAGUUUUGAGACAGCUUUUCAACAAACAAAUCUCUUUCAAAAUAACGAGAUUUUUUUUUUUCACAAUCUAACUUUCUCCCAUUCUGGUGGAAUGAAACAGUGCGUGAUCUUUAUUAAGUUCAGCGUCGGAAUUUUCAUAUUUCCUUGAGCUGAGUGCUCGUACUGAAAGGUAUUUACGGAAGUGUUUCCAGCGUCGUUUUACUAAAAUAAACUAAAUCCCGGAAGGUUAGUCCCUUAUAUAAGCCAUAUACUGAGGUAUAUGGUUUUCGCGCCGUUUCGGUCUGAAAACGGGUAACUAAGCUUUUAGAGGAAACUAAGGGAGUAUAUGAACGUAAUUGUCGUUUCGAUUCCCAAUAAAUAAGAAAGACGAAGUAGUAAUAUGCCAGUCCGAAAUGGAUUUCAAGAAAUGUUUUUGUUGGGGUUCUACUCUUAGGUUAGGACUAAGGUUGUUGGCACUAAUCUAUGUUUAGGUGUAAGGUUAGGGUCCGAAAACGCACCGGUAUGGAUUUCAGAAGCCAAGUCUAAAAAUGGGCUUAGAAAAUUGUUCUGAGGGGGUCGAUAAAGGCAGCACACCUAAACCAAGAAUUUCCAGGAAUACCCCUUCCCCGGGGGUUGGAAAAAAGGAAGGAAACUAGAAACUGAGUCGAACCGUUGAUUAUGAAGAACUAUUUAUUUUUACACAGAUCAGACGGUACCCAAAUAGCACUUGUCACUUUUGGUACCGAAGCCAGGCUCUAUUUCAACUUAGGAGAUGCUGCCGUCGACACGACUGAAAAAGCCAUCGAAGUCAUUGACAGAGUAAAAUAUAUUGGCGGGACUACUGCUUCUGCUCUUGCUUUGGACAUGGUCAGAAGGGACGUUGUACCGUUUGCGCGUAGAGACAGUAAACGGGCAAUGAUGUUCAUAACAGAUGGAAUGUCUAACAUUGGUGGUCCACCGGAGAAAAUAGCUGAUUUUCUAAGAAAACAGGAGGGAUUUGAAAUUUUUGCGAUUGGUAAAAGUAGUAAUGGAAACAAAAAUAAAUAAAUAGAUAAAAAUAGUUAAAAUUGAUUAAUACAGUGGAACCUCAAUUUAAACGAUUCAAACGAUUUUCUUCAGGCCGGCCAAAAUAACUGUAAAAUGUAUGGAACAGAACCUCGAUUUAACGAACGUCGAUUUAAUCAAAUUUUCGUUAUAACAAACACAAUCAACAAGCGCAAACGUAAAAUUUACCUGAUAGAAGAAAUAAAUAUGUGAAUGCGAAACAGACCAACAAGGAUAAAAUUUAAAAUGUGUAGAGUAGUUUUAAGCAGUUUUGUUUGCCUGUCCUUGAGUUUCUAGUGCCGUUGCUUGGACUGCCUGUUAUCACAGUAAUCUUUCUGAUCCGGAAAUGCUGAGUUUUAAUUUUGCAAAUUAAUUCUUAACUAUACCUUGAUAUAACGAACAUUUUGGUAGUUUUCCCGAAAUUUCGUUAAAUAGAUGUGUUCGAUAUAACGAACCCUCGAUUUAACGUACAAAUUUUUCCCCCAGUCUCUGGGCACUUCGUUAAAUCGAGGUUCCACUGUACUUAUAAUACAAAAAGUGAGCAUAGUGGAGUGGAGAUUUGCUGACAAAAUGCAGCUAAUUGUAUGUAAUAUCAGCGGCCCAAACGUUACUGAUGUAACCAAGAGUUUGUUUAGACACUUAAAUUUGACCGUCCGCUGGGUUCCUCUGGUCCUCUGCAUCUUUUAACUUCUAUUACUAACGCUUAUUUCAUUGGGGAAAGAGACCCGAUUGCGAUACUUUUUUCGAUUAAUGUUAAACAAUUUCAUAAUAGCCAAAUAAAAGGCCUUCAGGUACGUUUUUGUGUGGGAGAUAAAUACGUUCGGUUAUUAAUCGUUGUCGUACAUUCUUGUUUAGAUUUAACUUUGAGCCCUAAAUAUAUGUUUAGGAUUAUUAAAGAGUGAUACAAAAUAUAUAUUUCAUAACACAUUUUCAACUACUGAGGCUAUUACUACAUUCCCUUACUGGUACUUCUAUAACCAUAGUGCGAUAUCACAUUGUGUGUUUGCUGUGCUGGAUAGGCGGAGUACUGCCAGUCCUCUAAGCGUAGCAGUUUAACAAUCUUCGCAAGAUAUAUGGGGAGCCACUGAUAGCUUAGUACGAUGUCGGGGCGGCGGUGCUGAAUGUUUAUAUGUUGAAGUCCCAUAGAAUUUAGGAAAUUUCAUUUUCCAGAACUGUUUCCACCUUGUGCUGCCAUUAUUGUUCCGAUCAUUCAAAUCCAUUUUUUCCACAAAGGGCGCAGAACCAGGAUUUGACUUGCAAUUCGAUUAUUGCGGUCGAGAUAGUCGCUGUUUUCGAGCAUUUCACAACCGCCUACAAUGUGGGCUACAGUCUCAUCCUUCUUCCACAUGAUCUGCAUUUAGGGGUAUCAGCGGAGUGUUAGAGUUUGGCCUGGAUGGUUCUCAUGCCUAGUGCUUUGUCUUGGGUUGUCACAAUUAGGGCUCAGUAAUUAUUUCAUGCGUUGUUGGGGUGAGCUAAAAAGCUUAAAAGCUCAAAGUUUUGGUGAGGUCAGUGUAUAUUAGUCAUAGGUGCAAUUUUCAUUGAUGUGUGGAAAUGAAGUCAGCCAGGACUACAACAAGUCGUAAAGCUAGCUAUGCCCCUGAAGGUGAUCUUAAGUUCGCCGCUAAAGAGCCACUGGAAAUUUCUAUCUGUUUCUUGGGGUUGGCCCUCAGUAAUGGAAAGAAAUUUGCCAUGGAGCGGCUUAUCUGUCCUCAUCGAUUGAAGUCUCGAUUCAUUACGAGAAUGUCACUCAACUCAAUCAUUCUACUGUUUAUAUACUAAGCACCUUCCUGAGGAUUCGCGCAGAUCUCAGCAAGCAGAUCUUUUGGGUUCUGUCACAGUAACUCUCUCUGAUACUUUCUUGAUGUUUUCAACCAUCCCCUUCUUUACUGUACCAAGCGCACAAACAACUACCACAUUCUCAGUAUUUCUAGUUGUAGGUCUUUGUACUUGCUUUUCUUUUCGAUUUCCUUCAGUGCGAUGUUUCUAUCUAAUGGAAUAGUCAUAGCAGUUUGCAGGUGGAAUUCCGUGAAUCUUUAACGAUGAUCAUGAUGAUGUUUUUAUUUGUUAUCAUAGGUGUAGGCAGAAAGGUUAAAAUCCGUGAGCUUACAGCCAUUGCUGAUGAUGAUGACCACGUGAUUUCGGUGAGGAAAUAUGCUAGUCUUCAAAAAGCCAUUAAGAAAGCAGUGUACACAAAGAUUGGUAAGAAUGCAAUUUAGCUUAUAACUAGCAGCAUGGAACGUUUUCUGAGGGAUAAAAAGUUUUUUUUUAUGUUAGUUGUUUGUGUUUGUUUCUACUUCGUUUCUUGUUGUUGUUAUUGUCGUGUUUUUUUUUUUCCCCUUCGUUUGUUUUUUUUAUUAUUGUUAAGUUUCCUUUUGUUUUGUUUGGAUUCUUUUGCAAAUAUUGGCUUGUUUUAGUAGAUGGAAGAACCUGGCCUCAAUAAAAAUCUGAAAUUCCUAAAGAACGUCUACGUAUCAUAAAAUUUGGAAAUUUUGUCAACUUAAACACGACUGCUUUUGGAUCCGACUAGAUUAUUCAGCCUGUGGCGAGAGACCAGUUAGUCGAAAAGUUUGGAUUGCUGGGGGACAAAACUCGCACAGUAAAGGGUGGAUGAACCCAGUUAAUUCAAGAGCUCGGAUCGUUGGGGGGAGAAAAUCGCAAAAAGGAUGGUGGCCCUGGCAAAUUGGAUUACACAAAGUUGGUAAGAUGUACGAGAUGACUUCGUUUUCGAUAAUUAAACAUCAAGAAGGAGGAGGUACCUUUGUAAUUUUGUUUCUACAGGUAUUUUAAAGAAAUGUUCUUCGUAUUGUGGUUUGCAAUUAACACUCAACAAACAAAUUCGUUGCCUGAGUUUAUGAUGCUUAACUCAUUCCUUUUAAAUAUUUCGCUUCACUUAAAAUCUGACGACGUGCUCAAUAAUUUCCUCGUUGACUUCUGUGUUGUUGUUUUAGUUAACCAAGUUCUUUGCAACUAUGAAAAUAAUAUACUGUUUGCAUGAUUAUAUGCAUGUAUGUCACUUUUUUAGACCAUGUGGAAACCAAGCUUAUUUGCGGUGGCGCCUUAAUAUAUCGCCAGUGGAUUUUGACUGCAGCGCACUGUUUUUAUGCCUGGAAUGUCUUCCUGAGGAAAUACGUAAUCGAUGGUAUUCCUGGAAAGUAAAUACCUCUUUAAUAGUUUUGAUUAUUGAAUAUUACAAAUUCUCAGUCUGAUCAAUGUUACUAUGAUUUAAUCCGCCCCGAAAUAUACAUAAAGACCAUUAAAUGGUCAAUUGUUUCAUGAAUUUACAAAAAAAAAAACCCAACAACAACAACAAAAACAACAACAAAAAACAGCAUAAUACAGCUACAGGCCGAUGUUCUGCCUGCGACCAGUCUUCAAAUUAAUGUAGGCGACUAGCUUGUAUUACAACAAGUAAUGUAGACCCCGGGGACAAAGAAAACUGUCCAGAAUAAGGAUUGUCCGUAUUAAGUGGUGUCCUGAAAGCGGGGUUUGAUUGUAAUAGCAUUAACGUCUUGAUUUAAAAAUGUAGGAAAAUACAUACCAUAAACGAUGAUUAAUUACUUAAAAUUAAUUGAAACUAUUUAAUUUUAUGUUACGUGAAUAUUUGAUUGCUAAUAACAUAUUAUGUUAAGCUUCUUAUAAUUGUUUAACGUGGUUGCUCACGAUAGUCGGAUCUGUUCUCGUAAACGGCAAGCUCUAGUUCCGAUCACCCUUUAUGGAUUCCUGUUGACUUGCGGUCAUUUACGUGGUUUUUAUUGUAUCCGUUUAGUGAUUUUUUAUAAAUAUAUUUUUAAUUACUACCAUCGUGCACUUUUGACGGUGAAUUACAUUACUCUUUCUGUUCUAUUAAUUGUUACUCCAUUUCUCUUUUUAGAUACUUUAUCAAGGCAGGUGACCACAACUAUUUGAAGAAAGACAAUUCAGAGCAGUUGCUGCCUGUAGAAAAGAUUUACUUACACCAGGGAUUUAUUCAUAGUAUGUUCGUGAAUGACAUAGCUCUGGUCAAACUUAAAGAGCACGUUGAGCUUGGCAAGUUUGUACGAACUGUUUGCCUACCAGAAAAAAACGAGGGAGAUAUGGCGACCCCUGCAAAAUACGGAUAUGUUAGUGGCUGGGGGGCAACAAGAGCCUUGAAACCCGGAGAAGAUCCAAGAGAAGCUGACCGAUACUCAAAAGUCCUUAAAUACUCAUCUUUCGUGAUUCAAACGGAUCAAGUGUGUUCAAACAGUACCAAGUACUAUUUCAACUCUACAGUGUCAUUUUGUGCAGGGGAUGGAAACGGAGGAAACGAUACUUGCAAGGGUGACAGUGGCGGAGCUUUUGUACUGGAAGGAAAAAGAGAGACUGAUUACCGAUGGGUUAUCUCUGGCCUUGUAAGCUGGGGGGAGGGGUGUGCACAAAAGGACCACUAUGGAUACUACACAAGAGUUUACCCAUAUAUUGACUGGAUCAAAAAGAUUGUGACUGCACAUUCUUAA